AUGAAUGUCAUGCAUCAUGUGCAUCAGAUACAUGUCGUGUUGAUGAAGGCAGCAGGUGUGCCACUGACACACAUCAUGUCAGGUGAUCAGUUUGAAAAGGAACGAUGUCUCCCAACAAUGUUGCGAUAUGGCAGGACUGACAUAUUCAUGAAGUACUUUGAUGCAUUUGUCCAGGCAAAGCCACAAGGUGUCACUCUUCACCUUCGACAUCUGCUUAAGGUGGCAAUCGAUACCAACAACAUCAAUGUGGUGAGACAUCUGUUCAAAUUCAAUCGAGAUAACAAACUCUUGGACGACAGCUCAUCAGUCAUUAAUCAACAGAUCGAGUUAACCGUCAAGAUGGAUCGACAUGACAUGGUCGGUCUGCUACUGUCCGAAUUCGAGUUCGUCAACAAUAGAAAACGAUCAUCACACAACAAAACAAAUGAGCAGAUCUCUUUUGGACGGAUGUACUGGAUGUGCCAGUCAUUCAAGAUGCUUCAGACAAUCCACUCGCAAUGCCAUCUGUUCAAACCACAAGUCGGACCAGAGGAUGUUUCAGUCCAGUUGAUUCGGACACUGACAAUCGACGAUUUCCCAGUCCUCCUCGCCUUUCUCCGAGGCCCCAGCCUCAACGCCAACAAAGCCUUCUACAACAUCUUGGUGCAUCACAUGAAUAACAUACCUCUACUUGACUGCUUCUUUAGCCUGGAGACGUUUAUGGCAAGCACUCGUAAAUACCUUGCGUAUAAUAUCUUCCCCGACAGGGAAGAUGAUUGGAGCAGUAUGGACCUCCUCACCUCGAUGCAGACACCAGAAGGCUUAUACUUUGCCAAACGAUAUCGCCAACACCUUCCAAGCGACUGCAUCUACUUUGCCGCAGCCACUCAUGGAGAAGUUGAUCUCGCACAAUGGACCAUUGAACGACAACUACCAGCAUUCUCGGACGUCCAUGUCGCCGCCGCACUCGAGCACGGCUUUAUCGACGUUGCAUUAUACAUCUUGGACAAUUGCAAUGUGGCUGACGAUGAUAAUGGCGAAUGCCCUCCGUCCCUGUUCCCGAAUUACAAUGACAAUGGACCACGAACAUGGCUACUAAAUCGUCCAAUUGACGACUCCAUUCACUCGAUGGAGCUUCUUCAGCGGCUGGCAUCGUCCCGCAACAUCACAUUUGAAUAUGGCAUCCUCUUAUCACCCGGUAUGACACUGGAGACAUUAGAAUUCAUCAAGGCGAACGAUCCAUGUUGA